AUAGAUAGUAAAAGUGAUAUCAAAAUGUUAAUUUAAAAUUAAAAACGUGAUUCUAAACCAAGGAAGUCUUGUGUAAUUAACAAAGAAAUAAAGUUAUCCUUAAAUUAAAUAAGAUGCCAGUGAACGAAACUAAGUCAUAAAUGUUUCUUGAUGCAUAAAAUAUUGAAGUUUUCUGAAGCUCAGUGGAAAUUACCGAUUAAACAAGCUUGUGUGAAGAGAGAAAAAAAGAUUUUUAUUUGAACUCCUCGGCAGGACCGACUGUGAAAAAUACUCAAGAAUAUUUAUUAUGACGUUUGCAUUUGCUUUGAAGAGGAGACAAACAAAAAGAAAAAACGUAAACUGAAAAGUUUUCGCAAUGGCGAUUCAAUUGUUCAAAAGCAUCCUUUACCCGUUACUCGCUACUAUUGGAUGGCCUGGGUUAAUUCUAACUUUUUACGUUUUUGACUUAAUAUUGUUCAAUGCCCUGAAGUUACUGCUGAUUGGCUGGUUUGGUAUCUUCAUUAUUCUGCCCUUGAUCUUCAAAUUUUCCUAUCCACUUCAGCGUGGAAUGCUGUUCUUGAACUUCACAAAACUAAUUUUCCGUUGUCUGUUUCUUCAUUUUCCGCUAUCACAAAAGUUUCCUACCCAUCGAAUUUGGAUUUGACAAAGCCGGAGGCUUUGGGACUAUACGCCACAAGGCAUUUCCAUUUGACUCACGACGACGAUGAAAAGAAAGUCACAAUUGCGGCAUGGCAUGUCGUCCCAAAUCACAUAGCAAAGCGUUUUCAUAAGCAAUUGCAGCUCAGCCCAGAGACAGUCAAGAAUAUAACAAAUGAUAUCUAUUAUAAUGCAAAUUAUCAAGAUGAUCCGGCUGAGCAUAGCUACAAGGUCAUCGAGAAGAUGAUUCACAGCAGCUUUGAUGUGAACAAUGAACGAGACAAAAACGAUUUAUUUGAGGAAAUCUUGAGGAAGACUAAGGAUCCCAUUGUACUUUACCUCCAUGGAAACACCGGAAGUAGAGCAAAUGGGCAUCGUGUUGAUUUAUAUAAAAUUUUAAGACGCCUCGGGUGCCAUGUUAUUGCAUUCGAUUACCGGGGAUUUGCUGAUAGUAGUGAUGAAAGUCCAACAGAGAAAGGUUGCGUUAAUGACGCUUUGGCUAUGUAUCAAUACAUCAAAAAUCUGACAACAACAAGUCCCGUCUUUGUUUACGGUCACUCAUUAGGCACUGGAAUCAGCCUCCAUAUGGCCUCAAUUGUCAAUAAAAGUAACAUCGACAAUCCUAAAGGUGUUAUACUUGAAGCGCCAUUCAAUAACAUGAGAGACGAAGUCAUCAAACAUCCUUUUUCUUGGCUCUUCCGUAAUUUGCCUUGGUUUGAAACGACGAUCCUAAAGCCAAUUUAUGAAAAUGGCUUUCGAUUUGAGUCGGAUCAGCGUAUAUCAGAAUUUCGUUCUCCGGUUAUGAUUCUUCACGCAGAAAAUGAUCGAGUUAUACCAUAUGAGUUGGGUUAUAAACUUUAUCGUACGGCUUUAGAGACGAGAGGGAAGUCAUGGGGACCAGCUGAAUUUCAUCGAUUCGAAGAAAAGUAUGGCCACAAAUUUAUUGUUAGAUCUAAAAACUUUCCCUCAACCAUCGAUCAAUUUAUUCGAAGAUAUAAGAAUGAAACUUAUUAACUUGCUAAAUGAAUUAAAGUGACUACAUUGUAAUUCACUUUCACGUUUGGUGAUUGAUUAUUUAUAAAUUCUUCCGUACAUGUAUUUAGAUAAUUUAGAAUUCACCGCAAUGUUUCAUUAGAAACAUCGUUGAUUUAAAUCGAGACUGAAAUCAACUUUUCCAUUUUUUUUCUUCAAUUUCCUUUUCGUGUUUUAUUUUAUUUAGUCAUUCAAGGCUUUUCGUCUUCCUUCGUUCUCUUUUUUCUUAUCUAUUCUUCCGUCGAAAUAAGCUUUAAUUCCCCAAACAAUGCUCUCCAUAGAUAAGAUGAAAAAGUUUGAAACAAAAAUUACAAUGUUAAGUUGUACGAGAAGCGAAUAGAAUGCCAAUAGUUGAUAGAUAUGAGAAAACUUUAUGCUUUGUGGUAAAAAUUGUUUCAGCAUGAAUUAUCACGAACAAUUCUCAUUGUUUGUAAUUUCAUUAUAAAAGUAAAAGUUGAUAAGAGUUGAGAAAACAACUUAACGCGUUCUUCUGCGCUCUCUCUCUUAGAAUAAACUUUAUUAAAUAGAUUCAAAUUUCAUACCAAACUUCAUUGUCAAAAGAAAAUUAAAUUUAAGUUAAUAAUGUAAUUAAGUGAAUUGUGAUCAAUUACGUGGGUGGUGCGGUUAGUAGAAAUGGAACGUUCGAAUAAAUCAAAUCUCUGAAUAAAAGUAUCACUUAUUACGAUUUAAUUAAAUAGGCUAACAGUUUAAGCACCAAUUUGAAUCCUUUUUUCCGUAAAACAAACCAAAAUGCAAUAUGCAAACAUAAAUAUUUAAUGUAUUUGUAAAUAGAUAAUAGAAUUUAAAAAAGGAAAUAAAAAUAGCUUUAAAUUCA